CCCCCAACUUCCGAUACCGAUAACAUGGAAAAUGAGACGCGCCGGUUUAAUCAAACCGCUGUUGCGUAUAAAUAAGAACAAAUCACGAGUCUGGACAGAAAACUACGCAACCCAAGUGGACACAAACUUGGCCGAGUGUUCGCUGGACCCCAAGGAGUACGUGGACUUCAAGCGGCAACUGCGGCAGCUCAACUUGCCCCACAAAGAUGGGCACACGUGCUUGCAGCUGGAGUGCCGCCUGUGCGAACGCAACAGGCAGCCGGCGACAAACGCCCAGAAAGGCGUGGACCAAGGGCUCUUGGCUUACGUAAACAAGCGGACGGGAGCCGUCAUAUGCCCCAGUUGCGAUGUGAAAACCUCACUGGCCAAUGCCUUAUUGGCCUAUCAGUUGCCAACGCCGGUUGGCUAUAGGCGCCCCCCGCAAAGUCAGCCUCAUUAUGAAUCCCGAUUUCCCCAUCUCGUCGAUGUGGCCGCCGAAGCCUGCGAAGCUCUAGGCAUCAAGGGCUUGAAGGAGGACCAACUAAAUGCCAUUGGAGCACAAUGGGAACCGGAGCAGCAGCUGCUCCACUUCAGAUUACGCAAUGCCGCGCAACAAGUUGUGGGCGAGAAGGUAUUGCAUGUGGCCGAUCGCCGGGAGGAGACCUUCCAGGGCAGUUCGACCUCAGGACUGCUCAUCCAUGGCGGUGGGAACAAGUCCAAGGCAGUUCUAGUCAGCAAUCUACUGGACUUUAUCGUCCUCGCCACGCAGAACAUCGAGUCGCAUUGCACAGUUUGCCUGCCUUACGAGUUGAAGACGCUGCCGCAGGAGUGCCUUCCUGGCCUGGAGCGCUUCAAGGAGCUAGUGUUUUGGCUGCACUACGAUGCCAGUCACAGCUGGGAUGCAGCGCGCGCAUUUGCACUAAAGAUGGACGAAAAGCGGUGUCUGCUGAUCCGACCAACUGAAACAGAACCGGCGCCACACCUGGCACUCCGUCGUCGCCUCAAUCUGCGCCACAUCCUGGCCAAAGCGACGCCAGUGCGGCACAAGGCCAUCACCACGUUUGGAGCGAUGCGGAAUGACAUCCUCAGCGAGUUGCAGAACAUCGAGAAGGUGAAUGGCGUGAAGUGGAAGCGCUUUCCGGUUCUGAACAAGCUGCUCAAGGGCCAUCGGAGGGGUGAGUUGACCAUCCUAACUGGACCCACGGGCAGCGGAAAGACGACCUUCAUGAGCGAGUACUCCCUCGACCUAGCCAUGCAGGGUGUAAGCACGCUGUGGGGAUCCUUCGAGAUUCGCAACACCCGGCUAGCGGCCACCCUGCUGCGCCAGUAUGUGGGUUACCCGUUGGACGAUCGGCUGCAGGAGUUUAACCACUGGGCUGGGGAGUUCGAGCGGCUGCCGCUCUACUUCAUGACCUUCCACGGGCAGCAGCCGCUUAAGCCGGUGCUGGAGGCCAUCGAGCAUGCAUCCUAUGUGCACGACGUGAUGCACGUGAUCAUCGACAACCUGCAGUUCAUGAUGGGCGUGUCCUCGCAUCGGGGCGACAAGUUCUGGGAGCAGGACUCCAUAAUAGCAGCCUUUCGCGCCUUCGCAACCAAGCACAACGUGCACGUGACGCUGGUCAUGCAUCCGCGCAAGGAGCGGCAGGAGGACGAGUUGACCACCAGUUCGGUUUUCGGAACCGCGAAGGCCACUCAAGAGGCGGACAACGUGCUGAUCAUCCAGGACAAAAGGCUGACGUCUGUGAGGGGCAAAAAGUAUCUGCAGAUAGCCAAGAAUCGAUAUUCCGGUGACCUGGGCAUCAUGCCGCUGGAAUUCGAAAAGGAUGCAUUGAGCUACUCCUCCCAGGCCCAGAGUGCCAAGCGAAAGCGGGAAAAGACGCCCUCCGAGACUUGACUAGUUUAGGCAUUUGUUGUACUAUACGAUAUAAUUAUUCUGUUGUCUAUGGCUAGGCUAGGCUUAAGUGAAUCCCCCAAUAGACCGCAUCACGUUGA